AUGGCAGCAGCUUCAUCGAAUGCGUUUUCGUCCGUCCAAGAGCCGCCAAAGGCCUCGGUGGGAUCGUACAAGGAUGUGGCCACGGUCAGCCUUUCGAGGGAGAAAGAGUUGAAUGGAACCGACAGGUUCGCAGCAGCAUCAUUUCCUCAUUACCUGCCGGUGUGGGAUAACGAGAAGGGAGUCAAAUACCCUCCUCUUGAACCAUUUGAGCAUUAUGAGCACGGCAAAGAUGCCGACCCUUUCUUUCCGAAUCUUUUGAAGCCCGGCAGCCGAGUCGAGAAUAUUACAGCGUCCAUUGGUGCCGAAGUCACCGGUGUUCAGCUCUCUCAGUUGGACGAUAAGGGGAAGGAUGAAUUGGCUCUGUUGGUAGCACAGAAAAAGGUGGUUGCAUUUAGAGACCAGGAUUUUGCUUCCCUUCCAAUUCGGAAAGCCUUGGACUUUGGUCGAUACUUUGGCCGACUGCACAUCCACCCUACCAGGCAAGUCGUGGCAAGAGUUCUACCGCUGCAUGUCCACCUGGUUCACCGCGGCGCCGAAGAUGAAUCUUUCCGGGAGUUUUUGAACAACCGCACCAAUUCGAUUGCCUGGCACAGCGAUGUGACUUAUGAGAAUCAACCUCCCGGGACCACUUUCCUGUACGCCCUCGAUGUACCUGACGCCGGUGGUGAUACUCUCUUCGUCAACCAGGCAAAGGCCUACGAAAGACUGUCCCCAGCUUUCCGCGAGCGUCUGACAGGGCUCCGAGCGGUUCAUUCGGGAUACGAACAAGCCACCAGCGCUGCUAAUAAGGGCAGCACGAUCAGGCGAAACCCGGUCUCGUCCAUCCACCCAGUGGUGAGAACUCAUCCGGCCACGGGCGAGAAGGCGUUGUACGUGAACCCGCAAUUUACAAGAUAUAUUGUCGGUUUCAAGCAGGAGGAAAGCGAUUACCUUCUCAAGUUUUUGUACGAUCAUAUUGCCUUGAGCCAGGAUCUCCAGUGCCGAGUAAAAUGGAAGCCGGGUACUGUUGUCGUCUGGGAUAACCGUGUCACGGCACAUUCUGCACUCAUUGACUGGUCCGAUGGCCAGCGCCGACACAUUGCGCGCAUCACCCCUCAAGCUGAGCGUCCGACUGAGUAG